AUGAUCCCCAGAAUCAUGGAAUCCCACGAGAAAACAGUCGCAACCCAGGUGUUGACGGAGAAGCGAACCGUGUAUAUGAUCGAUAGCCUGCAUCCAGACGCGGUCGAGCACGCAAAGAUGCUCUGGAAUGUCGUCCUCCCCGGGGAUAAGAAACUGAACAACUGGCGAGAGCAUGCAACAGCCGUCCUUGUCCGGGGAUCGUAUGUCACAGCCGACGACAUCGCUCGUGCCCCCAACCUGAUCGCCAUUGGGAAGCACGGAGUCGGCAUUGACAAGAUUGACCAGGCAGCCUGUGCCAAACGGGGUAUCAAGAUCCUGAACACGCCGGGCGCCAACUCCAGGGAUGUCGCUGAGCUUGUCGUCACUCUCGCAUUGACCGUCGCGCGCAGCAUCCGGUCGAUUACUACACGACAGAUGACAGCACCAGUACCGAAGGAGACAUGCAAGGGAUUGACACUCCGCAGGAGGACAGUAGGUAUUAUUGGGAUGGGCAAUAUUGGUCGCACGGUGGCUGAGAUCUUUCAUGGAGGAUUCGACACGAAGCUGGUCGCCUAUGAUGCCUAUACGCCCGAUGACGCCUGGCCUCACCUUCCGCAUCACCGAGCACAAAGUGUGCAGGAGGUUCUUGAAACGGCGGAUGUAUUGACGCUGCAUGUUCCAUUGACAGAUGAGACGCACAACCUCAUCUCCUACGAACAGUUGCGACAGAUGAAACCUGAUGCCAUCCUCAUCAAUGCAGCCCGAGGAGGCAUUGUCAAUGAACGGGACCUGGUUCGGGUGCUUUCUGAAGGUCAUCUCUGGGGCGCUGGCCUUGACUGCCAUGAGCAGGAGCCUCCAUCUGUAGAAAGGUAUGGCAAGCUGUGGGAGAACUUGAACGUGGUGAGCACGCCGCAUAUUGGGGCGGCCACCAACACGGCGCAGAGGGCCAGUUCCAUGGCAGCGGUGGAGAACUUGUAUAAUUACCUAUGCAGUAUUGAUGCGAAAUAA